GCCGCGCACAGCGCCCCGAGCCCAGGCGCCUCCCCGCCCCCUUCCCGCGCUCCGCGGCGGCAGCGGCAGCAGCAAUAUGGCUGUUGAUGGGUGUUCGGGGUGGUGCCGGCGGCGGGAGGAGCUCCCCCGAGCCCCUGCGCCGGCCGCCCGUUGCUAGCUAUGGCAAAUGGUGGCGGCGGCGGCGGCGGCGGCGGCGGCGGCAGCAGUCUUAGAAUGAGCAGCAAUAUCCACGCGAACCAUCUCAGCCUAGACGCGUCCUCCUCCUCCUCGUCUUCCUCCUCCUCGUCCUCGUCCUCGGUCCACGAGCCCAAGAUGGAUGCGCUCAUCAUCCCGGUGACUAUGGAGGUGCCGUGCGACAGCCGGGGCCAGCGCAUGUGGUGGGCUUUCCUGGCCUCCUCCAUGGUGACUUUCUUCGGCGGCCUCUUCAUCAUCUUGCUCUGGAGGACGCUCAAGUACCUGUGGACCGUUUGCUGCCACUGCGGGGGCAAAACGAAGGAGGCCCAGAAGAUUAACAAUGGCUCAAGCCAGGCGGAUGGCACUCUCAAGCCAGUGGAUGAAAAAGAGGAGACAGUGGCAGCCGAGGUCGGCUGGAUGACCUCCGUGAAAGACUGGGCGGGGGUGAUGAUAUCUGCCCAGACGCUGACCGGCAGAGUCCUGGUUGUCUUAGUCUUUGCUCUCAGCAUUGGUGCACUUGUAAUAUACUUCAUAGAUUCGUCAAACCCAAUAGAAUCCUGCCAGAAUUUCUACAAAGAUUUCACAUUACAGAUCGACAUGGCUUUCAACGUAUUCUUCCUUCUCUACUUUGGCUUGCGGUUUAUUGCAGCCAACGAUAAGCUAUGGUUCUGGCUUGAAGUGAACUCUGUAGUAGAUUUCUUCACGGUCCCCCCUGUGUUUGUGUCUGUGUACUUAAACAGAAGUUGGCUUGGUUUGAGAUUUUUAAGAGCUCUCAGGCUGAUCCAGUUUUCAGAGAUUUUACAGUUUCUGAAUAUCCUGAAAACAAGUAAUUCCAUCAAGCUGGUGAAUCUGCUCUCCAUUUUCAUCAGCACGUGGCUCACAGCAGCCGGGUUCAUCCAUUUGGUGGAGAAUUCAGGGGACCCAUGGGAAAAUUUCCAAAACAACCAGGCUCUUACCUACUGGGAAUGUGUCUAUCUGCUCAUGGUGACCAUGUCCACUGUUGGUUACGGGGAUGUUUAUGCAAAAACCACGCUCGGGCGUCUCUUCAUGGUCUUCUUCAUCCUCGGGGGACUGGCCAUGUUUGCCAGCUACGUCCCUGAAAUCAUAGAGUUAAUAGGAAACCGCAAGAAAUACGGGGGCUCCUAUAGUGCGGUUAGUGGAAGAAAGCAUAUAGUGGUCUGCGGACACAUCACGCUGGAGAGCGUCUCCAACUUCCUGAAGGACUUUCUGCACAAGGAUCGGGAUGAUGUCAAUGUGGAGAUCGUCUUUCUUCACAACAUCUCCCCUAACCUGGAGCUGGAAGCUCUGUUCAAACGACAUUUUACUCAGGUGGAGUUUUAUCAGGGUUCAGUCCUCAAUCCGCAUGAUCUUGCGAGAGUCAAGAUAGAGUCAGCAGAUGCGUGCCUCAUCCUUGCCAAUAAGUACUGCGCAGACCCCGACGCCGAAGAUGCCUCCAACAUCAUGAGAGUCAUCUCCAUAAAGAACUACCACCCGAAGAUAAGGAUCAUCACUCAGAUGCUGCAGUAUCACAAUAAGGCCCAUCUGCUAAACAUCCCGAGCUGGAAUUGGAAAGAGGGGGAUGAUGCAAUCUGCCUCGCAGAACUGAAGCUGGGGUUCAUCGCCCAGAGCUGCCUGGCUCAAGGGCUCUCCACCAUGCUCGCCAACCUCUUCUCCAUGAGGUCAUUCAUAAAGAUUGAGGAAGACACAUGGCAGAAAUACUACUUGGAAGGAGUCUCAAAUGAAAUGUACACAGAAUAUCUCUCCAGUGCCUUCGUGGGUCUGUCCUUCCCUACUGUUUGUGAGCUGUGUUUUGUGAAGCUCAAGCUUCUCAUGAUAGCCAUUGAGUACAAGUCUGCCAAUCGAGAGAGCCGUAUAUUAAUUAAUCCUGGAAACCAUCUUAAGAUCCAAGAAGGUACUUUAGGAUUUUUCAUCGCAAGUGAUGCCAAAGAAGUUAAAAGGGCGUUUUUUUACUGCAAGGCCUGUCAUGAUGACAUCACGGAUCCCAAAAGGAUAAAAAAAUGCGGCUGCAAACGGCUCAAGGUUGGAGCUAGAUCACGCUAUUCCAAAGACCCAUUUGAGUUCAAGAACACAGCUCACAAUUCUCAGCUUGUGACCGAGCCAGUUGAAGAUGAGCAGCCGUCGACACUGUCACCCAAAAAAAAGCAGCGCAACGGAGGCAUGCGGAACUCACCCAGCACCUCGCCCAAGCUGAUGAGACAUGACCCCUUGUUAAUUCCUGGCAAUGAUCAGAUUGACAACAUGGACUCCAACGUGAAGAAAUAUGACUCUACUGGGAUGUUUCACUGGUGUGCGCCCAAGGAGAUAGAGAAAGUCAUCCUGACCCGAAGUGAAGCUGCCAUGACCGUCCUGAGCGGCCACGUGGUGGUCUGCAUCUUUGGCGAUGUCAGUUCUGCCCUGAUUGGCCUUCGGAACCUGGUGAUGCCACUCCGUGCCAGCAACUUUCACUACCACGAGCUCAAGCACAUUGUGUUUGUGGGUUCCAUCGAGUACCUCAAGCGGGAAUGGGAGACGCUGCAUAACUUCCCCAAGGUUUCCAUCUUGCCUGGUACGCCAUUAAGUCGGGCUGAUUUAAGGGCCGUCAACAUCAACCUCUGUGACAUGUGCGUUAUCCUGUCAGCCAAUCAGAAUAAUAUUGAUGAUACUUCGCUGCAGGACAAGGAAUGCAUCUUGGCGUCACUCAACAUCAAAUCUAUGCAGUUUGAUGACAGCAUCGGGGUCUUGCAGGCUAAUUCCCAAGGGUUCACACCUCCAGGAAUGGAUCGAUCCUCACCAGAUAACAGCCCGGUACAUGGGAUGUUACGCCAGCCCUCCAUCACGACUGGGGUCAACAUCCCCAUCAUCACUGAACUAGUGAACGAUACUAAUGUUCAGUUUUUGGACCAAGACGAUGACGAUGACCCCGACACAGAACUGUACCUCACGCAGCCGUUUGCAUGUGGGACAGCGUUUGCCGUCAGUGUCCUGGAUUCACUCAUGAGCGCAACAUACUUCAAUGACAACAUCCUUACCCUGAUACGGACCCUGGUGACUGGAGGAGCCACACCAGAGCUGGAGGCUUUGAUCGCCGAGGAGAAUGCACUCCGUGGGGGCUAUAGCACCCCCCAGACGCUGGCCAACAGGGACCGCUGCCGUGUGGCCCAGUUAGCACUGCUGGACGGGCCCUUUGCAGACCUGGGGGAUGGUGGUUGUUAUGGUGAUCUGUUCUGCAAAGCUCUGAAAACAUACAAUAUGCUUUGUUUUGGAAUUUAUCGGCUGAGAGAUGCUCACCUCAGCACCCCCAGCCAAUGCACGAAGAGGUAUGUCAUCACCAACCCCCCGUACGAGUUUGAGCUCGUGCCGACGGACCUGAUCUUCUGCUUAAUGCAGUUUGACCACAACGCCGGCCAGUCCCGGGCCAGCCUCUCCCAUUCCUCCCACUCGUCCCAGUCCUCUAGCAAGAAGAGCUCCUCCGUCCACUCCAUCCCAUCCACGGCAAACCGGCAGAACCGGCCCAAGUCCCGGGAGUCCCGAGACAAACAGAACAGAAAAGAAAUGGUUUACAGAUGAACCGGAUAAUGCCUAUCCCAGAAACAUUCAAAUCAAGCCCAUGAGUACCCACAUGGCUAACCAGAUCAACCAGUAUAAAUCCACAAGCAGCUUGAUUCCACCAAUCAGAGAAGUUGAAGAUGAAU